UCAAAUGCACAUCGACACCAGGACUGACGAGGGCCAAUGAGCAGCUUCUUCUCUCCCAGAGUUUCCUCGACACAUGAAGGAGGAAAGUGUCUGGAAAGUGACCUGAAGAGACUUCAGCAGGUGAGGACUCUGCUAUGAGUCAGUGUGAGGACAGAGAGGAGGGAGCCCCUCCCUCUAAAACCACUCUGUGUGGGGACCAUGACAGCCAGAACAAAGCUCAGAGUCUGCAGCAAGGCUGUGAACCAGGACCUGAACCCAGCUGUGUGUCCAUGAAGAGUGACUGGUCUAUGGGUCGCCUUAUUCAGUUUAAACAUGGACAAGCUGCUGAUGGAAGGAUGCAGCAACAGACACCUGGACCUGGAGCCAGCUGUGUGUCCAUGAAGAGUGACUGGUCUAUGGGUCGUCUUAUUCAGUUUAAAGACGGACAAGCUGUUGAUGAAAGAGUUCAGCACGAGAGCUCAGAAGGCCUUGGUGGUCAGUCUGACCUGCAGCAUCAAACAGACGUGGAAUCCAUAUUUAUGCUGUUGGAGGAGAACAUCAUCACUUUUGUAAAGAACGAGCUGAAGAAGAUUCAGAAGGUUCUGAGUCCAGAUUAUCCAGAAUACUUAGAGAGUCAGAGGGAGGAUGACAAGGUUUUGGAUGGUAAGGAUGAAGAGCAGAGGAGGAGCAGCAGAGAGGCAUUUCUGAUGAUCACACUGGACAUUCUGAGGAGGAUGAAGCAGGAGGAGCUGGCUGACUGUCUGCAGAGCAGAAGUUAUUCUGGAGUUUGUCAGCAUAAACACAAGACUAACCAGAAGAAAAAGUUCCAGUGUGUGUUUGAGGGGAUUGCUAAAGCAGGAAACCCAACCCUUCUGAAUCAGAUGUUCACACCGAUGUACAUCAUGGAGGGAGGGACUGCAGAGGUCAAUGAAGAACAUGAGGUCAGACAGAUUGAAACAGCAUUCCGAAAACUAGACAGACCAGAAACAAUAAUCAGAUGUGAAGACAUCUUUAAAACCCCACCUGGAAGAGAUGGCCCAAUCAGAACCGUGAUAACAAAGGGAGUGGCUGGCAUCGGGAAAACAGUCUUAACACAGAAGUUCACUCUGGACUGGGCUGAAGACAAAGCCAAUCAGGACAUCCAGUUCACAUUUUCAUUCACUUUCAGAGAGCUGAAUGUGCUAAAAGAGAAAAGGUUUAGCUUGGUGGAACUUGUUCAUUACUUCUUUAGUGAAACCAAAGAAGCAGGAUUCUGCAGGUUUAAAGAGUUCCAGGUUGUGUUCAUCUUUGACGGUCUGGAUGAGUGUCGACUUCCUCUGGACUUCCACAACACUGAGAUCCUGACUGAUGUUACAGUGUCCACCUCAGUGGAUGUGCUACUGACAAACCUUAUCAGGGGGAAACUGCUUCCCUCUGCUCGCCUCUGGAUAACCACACGACCUGCGGCAGCCAGUCAGAUCCCUGCUGAGUGUAUUGACACGGUGACAGAGGUCAGAGGGUUCACUGACCCACAGAAGGAGGAGUACUUCAGGAAGAGAUUCAGAGAUAAGAAGCAGGCCAGCAGAAUCAUCUCCCACAUCAAGACAUCACGAAGCGUCCACAUCAUGUGCCACAUCCCAGUCUUCUGCUGGAUCACAGCUACAGUUCUGGAGAAGGUGUUCAAGACCAGAGGGGGAGGAGAGCUGCCCAAGACCCUGACUGAGAUGUACAUCUACUUCCUGGUGGUUCAGUCCAAACUGAAAAACGUCAAGUAUCAUGGAGGUGCUGAGACAGAUCCACACUGGAGUCCAGAGACCAAGAAGAUGAUUGAGUCUCUGGGAAAACUGGCUUUUGAGCAGCUUCAGAAAGGCAACCUGUUCUUCUAUGAAUCAGACCUGACAGAGUGUGGCAUCAAUAUCAGAGAAGCCUCGGUGUACUCAGGAGUGUUCACACAGAUCUUUAAAGAGGAGAGAGGACUGUACCAGGACAAGUUGUUCUGCUUCGUCCAUCUGAGUGUUCAGGAGUUCCUGGCUGCUCUUUAUGUCCAUCUGACAUGCAUCAACUCAGGAGUCAACCUGCUGGCUGAAGAACAAACAACCUCCCAGCUGCCUAACGUCUUCAGAGAAACCCUUAAACUACAACAUCUCCAUCGGUGUGCUGUGGACAAGGCCUUACAGAGUCCAAAUGGACACCUGGACUUGUUCCUCCGCUUCCUCCUGGGUCUUUUACUGCAGACCAAUCAGACUGUCCUACAAGGUCUAAUGACACAGACAGGAAGUAGUUCAAAGACCAAAAAGAAAACAGUCAAGUACAUCAAGAAGAAGAUCAGUGAGAAUCUGUCUGCAGAGAGAAGCAUCAAUCUGUUCCACUGUCUGAAUGAACUGAAUGAUUGUUCUAUAGUGGAGCAGAUCCAACAGUCCCUGAAUUCAGGAAGUCUCUCCACAGAUAAACUGUCUCCUGCUCAGUGGUCAGCUCUGGUCUUCAUCUUACUGUCAUCAGAACUCUGUGGUUGUAACCUGUCAGAGAGAAGCUGUGAAGCUCUGUCCUCAGUUCUCAGCUCCCAGUCCUCUAGUCUGAGAGAGCUGGACCUGAGUAACAACGACCUGCAGGAUUCAGGAGUGAAGCUGAUGUCUCCUGGUCUGAAGAGUCCACACUGCAGACUGGAAACUCUCAGGUUGGUGUUCAGCUGUCUGAUCUCAGAGGAAGGCUGUACUUCUCUGGCCUCAGCUCUGAGCUCCAAUCCCUCCCAUCUGAGAGAGCUGGACCUGAGCUACAAUCAUCCAGGAGACUCAGGAGUGAAGCUGCUAACAGCUGGAUUUAAGGAUCCAAACUGGAGACUGGACACUCUCAGGUUAAGUGCUUGUACCCUGUCAGAGAGAAGCUGUGAAGCUCUGUCUUCAGUUCUCAGCUCCCAGUCCUCUAGUCUGAGAGAGCUGGACCUGAGUAACAACGACCUGCAGGAUUCAGGAGUGGCGCUGAUGUCUCCUGGACUGAAGAGUCCACACUGCAGACUGGAAACUCUCAGUCUCUCAGGCUGUAUGAUCUCAGAGGAAAGCUGUACUUAUCUGGCCUCAGCUCUGAGCUCCAACCCCUCCUAUCUCAGAGAGCUGGAUCUGAGCUACAAUCAUCCAGGAGACUUAGGAGUGAAGCUGCUGUCAGAUGGACUUAAGGAUCCAAACUGGAGACUCGACACUCUCAGGGUGGACCAUGGUGGACCGCAGACAUUGAGACCUGGUCUAAGGAAGUAUGUCUGUGAACUGGAACCGGACACAAACACAGUACACAGAAACCUCAAACUGUCUGACAACAACAGGAAGGUGACACGUGUGGAGGAGAAACAGUCAUAUCCUGAUCAUCCAGACAGAUUUGACCGCCGGGCUCAGCUGCUGUGUAGAAAUGGUCUGACUGGUCGCUGUUACUGGGAGGUCGAGUGGAGAGGAGAGGUUUCUAUAUCAGUGAGUUACAGAGGAAUCAGCAGGAAAGGAGACAGUGAAGACUGUUUGUUUGGAGGCAAUGAUCAGUCCUGGAGAUUGUUCUGCUCUGAUGAUGUUAGUUACUAUGUCUGGCACAAUAAGAGAAGUACAUUCAUCUCCUCCUCCUCUGUCUCUAACAGAGUAGCAGUGUAUGUGGACAUUCCUGCUGGCACUCUGUCCUUCUACACAGUCUCCUCUGACUCUCUGACCCACCUCCACACCUUCAACACCACAUUCACUCAACCUCUUUAUCCUGGGUUUAUGGUCUGGCCUGGUUCUUCAGUGUCUCUGUGUCCUCUGCAGGACUGAGAGUCUCUCCUGGUUCCUCAGUGUCUCUGUGUCCUCUGCAGGACUGAGAGUCUCUCCUGUGGACAGAAACACUGACUGAAGAUCAGCUGCUGAAAUCAAAGUUCAGUCUGUUCACCAUCACACACACUCUGCACUGUGAA